AUGCCUACGACCAGUGUUAACUCGAGGUUAUUCUCGUCUUCUCCGGUCGUGGAAGCCGGCUACAAACUGAAGUCUCAUUCGGGAACCAAGAAACGGUGGAGGUCAUUAGCAUCUGGUAGCUCAUUCAAACGCGGGCAAGCUGGCCAUGCGCACCUGAAUGUCCACAAGUCACCUUCAAGGAAAAAUCGGCUGGCUCAAACAGCUCACUCGGUGCCCUAUCAAACUCACAAGCUCAAAAAGCUGCUGUUGCCGUAUGGUUCACAUUGA